AUGAAAAUCGGAGCGGUUAUUUUGGGAUUAUUAGGGUUUUGUUCGGCGCUAUUGCCGGCUAUUCCUUUCGCGGUAAAAUUUGGAGUAGCCGCGCUGGCUCCUGCUGGUCUUCUUUUAUACGAGUACAUGGAGUGUACAUCUUAUGAGUGUUGCAACGAUAGGUGGAUAAAGCGAAAUAAGACUGAGCUCCGCGAAAAUCUCAGAGAUAGCAUUUAUGGGCAGCCUUUCGCCACGCGAAUUUUGCUAAACGCUAUUGGAAAUCGCUGGAGUGACCCUCAAAAAGAGUACGACAAGCCACUAGUAAUGAUGCUUCACGGACCAACAGGAGUAGGAAAGAAUUAUAUAACCAGAACACUGGCGAACUCGAUGUUUACUGCUGGAACGAAAUCGGUUUUUGUUCAUUAUAUGACGAGCGCGUAUCAUUUCACGAGUGAGGACAAUUUGAAAUUGCAUAUUGCAGACAUGCAAUCAUGGAUCGAAGGGAACUCGACUUUAUGCGGCGAAAAUUUGUUCGUUUUCGAUGAAGCGCGUCGAUUUCCGCCAGGACUUCUAGACGGAUUGAUGCACUUCAUGGCGCACGGAAGUCCUGCGGCGAAGAAAAUCGGAAGAAGUAUCUUCGUUUUUCUGUACGAAGGCGAUGAGCCAGUGGUCGACUGGGCGCAAGAUUUAUACGAGAAUGGAGAGGAUCGCGAAACGAUCAGCUUGCGCAGAGCGGACGAGAUGCACGAUUCUCUUCUUGUUAAACGAGGCUUAAUUGACUACCACCUUCCACUUCUGCCUUUGGAACGAAAACACGUGCGAAAAUGCAUCGCUGACUCCAUCUACUCUAACUACCUGAACAAAGGCGGCAACCCUUCUAUGCUCGGGUACGACGACCUCGACGAAAUGAUCGACGUAAUUGAGAAAGAAGUAAUCUUCUUCCCUGAAGAUACGCCGAUCUUCUCGGCUUUUGGCUGCAAGAAAAUUGAAAGUAAAGUUCUCUCUGAGUUCCGUCUUCCUGACACUGACCAUCAUUUAUAA